AUGUCUCGUGUAGUGAACAACAAUCGUGGUUUUCUUCAGCUGUUAGCUGAUUGCCCUGCUUAUCAGCGCCAGUUUCUUUUACGGACAGCUACUCCACAACAACUACAUGCACUAGUCCAAGUCUUAUACAAUAUACUUAAGGAAUACAUUCUUAUCCCCGAAGAAAAUAAGCGGAACGUGUUGCCAUAUAAGGAUGCUCUAGUCAACCUAGCAAAAACUAAUGUCCCUUACAAAACAAAGAAGCGAAUCCUUGUACAAGAGGGUGAUGGUUUUAUUCAAGACCUAUUGGUACCUGCUGUUACAAGUCUAGGAUUUCUAAUGCUAUAAAAGAGGUGACGCAUCGCUAGGUUGAUCAUCCGAACCUAAGUCUGUCACGGGUUCUCAUCAAAAAUGAAGAGAAAGAUAGAUUUGGUUGAAGAAGAACAACACGAGAGUGAACAUGAAGAAAGCAAAAGUUCUGGUGAUGAAAGCGAGGAUGAAGAACCAAGAAAAAAAGAAGAACCAAGAAUAAAAGAUGUUUUGAGUCAUCUUUCCCGAGCAGUGCCGGAAAAGCGUGCUUCUGAUUUGCUGCAUAGUAUGGCCGCGUCCAAAAAUAUUCUUUUCUGGACCCCCAGCGGACAAUUAGUUCGAAAUAAACGCACUAUUCCCGUCACAAACAUCGCUGAGCUAGUUGAGUAUGUGUUACUCCCUUAUAACAAUGAGGUUACCAAACCUCGUGCGCUGAAUACGUUUCUAGAUGGACUUGCAGAGUUAGGAAUCGAUAAAGGUUUAAUCAAGAACAAAAAGUUGUUAAGUGAUUUAAUAGAAAAGGAAAAAGGCUACCAAAAUGUAGAAAAUACUUCUGAUAACGAGAGUAAUAAUGAGGAGAGUUCAUCGGAUAUUGAAAAUCAGGAGGAGGAAAUGGCUUCUGAGAAUGGCGUUGAAGCGGAAGACACCCAAGAGAGCGACAACGACACUGAAAACGACAGUCAGGAGAUAGAAAGUAGUAACCCUGAAACGUCCACCACCUUUCACUCUAAACGUCCCUGUGAACACUGCGAGAACUCUAAUGUGUACGGGACAUUGAUCAUGAAAUGUCCUAAAUGCCUCUGGCACGAUUACUACACGAUUUGUCCUAUAUGCGAUCACCAGAUCCCCGAGGAGAGAAAAUACAUGAAAGAGGGCUUUCUUCGAUGUCACGAUUGCGGAGCAAUUACACACAAAAACGCGAAGACGUUGGAAACCAAUUUCUAUUCCCCUUCUACAGAGGAGAACGAAGAUGAAGAUUAA